GGCGCAUGCGCAGUUUCAGUUUCCAAAUCACCGGUCAGGGCAAACUCGGCAACUUGGAAAUUGUAUUUAAAUGAUCGUUAUAUUGUUAUAUGUUCAACAAAAUUGUCUUAAUAUGCGUAGAGUUGUCUGUCCUUUCCGUCGGCAGCAGAGUAAACACGUUUACACAUUUCUAUCUGAGACGGUCACCUUGUGAAAGCCGACGAACGGAGAAAAAGAAAGAAAAGAAAACUCAUCAGGUUGGGUUCUUGAGGUUAUAACUUAUUAUUUAUUCUAUUUAAUUGCGCUUUCACUAUGGGUGUAGUUCUGCGGAAUCUGCAGAAUGUGGUUCCCCUGAGACGAGCCAAACUGCGCAAAGAUGUGGAGGUCCUGAGACACAUCUUCGGGGUCCAGAGGUUUGACAUGGGCAUCAUAUGCGUGGACAACCGCAGGAUUCAGCGCAUCAACCACGUCUACAGGAAGAAGAACCAGCCCACAGAUGUGCUGUCUUUCCCCUUCUACGAGGAUCUGAGGCCAGGCAAAAUCCCAUGCGUCCUCCAAAGAGAAGAGUACAACUUAGGUGACAUCUUCUUAGGUGUGGAGUAUGUGAUGCAGCAGUGUAAAGAGACAUCCCAGGAUCUUCAUGAAGCACUUACAGUGGUCACUGCUCAUGGAAUCUGCCACUUACUGGGAUACAGACACGAAACUGAGGAGGAGUGGAAUGAGAUGCAGCAGAAAGAAAGUUACAUUCUCAGCGAGUUCAACAGGCUAACAGGCAGCCACCUCGAGCCACUCACUAAGAGGUCCACACAGGACAUGCGGCCUUAAAUACUGGACCGGUUCAUGAAAGAAACUCUUGGGUCGUAAAUAAGGGAGAAAAGCACGUCUGCUACCGAGUAGUUCUGAAUCUUGAAUUAAAACCAAUGGAACAAUGUUGAUUUUUUUUUCUAAAUAAAUUUUAUUUAAAAUGUGUUUAAGGAA